UCUCUCUGAGGCGCUUGUGCCGGGCUCACAGAAGUGCGGACCAUUUUGCGCGUUAGAAACAUAAAAUCCGCAGAGUUUCCCUCAGAAUGACGAAGGUGAAGAAGGAGAAAAGCGCAGAGCGAGCGGCGGAGGAGGAGGUGCCGCAGGAGGAGGCCCCGCAGGAGGAGGCGCCGCAGGAGAGGAGCUACCACGAGCUCAUCGCCAACGUCAACCCCAUCGCGCAGCCUCUGGCCUCCAAGAAACUCAGCAAGAAGCUCUACAAAUGCGUCAAAAAGGCGUCUAAAGUGAAACAGAUUCGUCGAGGAGUCAAAGAAGUCCAGAAGUUCAUCAACAAAGGAGAGAAAGGGAUCGUGGUUCUGGCCGGGGACACUCUGCCCAUCGACGUCUACUGCCACCUGCCUGUGAUGUGUGAGGACCACAGCCUCCCCUACGCCUACAUCCCCUCCAAACUGGACUUGGGGUCUUCUGCCGGGUCCAAGCGUCCGACCUGUGUGAUCCUCAUCAAACCUCAUGAGGAAUAUCAGGAUCAGUACAACGACGUCCUGGAGGAGGUGUCCACCCUGCCCAGGCCCCUGUGA